AGAGUGCCGCAGAGAAAGCCAUAGAAAGGGCUAAGAAGUGUUUGGAUCAAGGUAACAAAGAAUUUCGGGACUACAACUUCAAGAGAGCCAUUUCUUUCUACGAUAUAGGAAUUAAGGAGAGGUGUCGCAAUAAAAAAAUUAACGAAGAUCUGCAAAAGAAGAAGGCAGAGGCAAAGUCUGUGAUAGACUUCAUAGAGAGCGGUUGCGUAGAUAAAGCCAUAGAAAGGGCUAAGGAGUUUUUGGAACAAGGUCACAAAGAAUUUCUGGACCACAACUUCAAGAAAGCCAUUUCUCUCUACGAUAAAGGAAUUGAGGAGAAGUGUUGCGAUGAAGAAAUUAACAAAGAUCUGCAAAAGAAGAAGGCAGAGGCAAAGUCUGUGAUAGACUUCAUAGACAAGAAGAAAGUUAUUGAAGGAUUACUGUUCUCUGGAGUAAAUGGCGAAGAGUGGCCUAGGUGCACGUGGCUAAUAGUUGUCAUCAAAGAUAAGAAGGAGGAAAUUAUUUUUGACAAAGUUUAUGAAAGCAAAGGCCGUCACGCAGAAUGCAACAUGCUUGAAGAUCCUGAUUUUAAGGAAGUUCUAGGAAGAGACAGUCAGGAUCUCACCAUUACUUUAACUAUCAACUACUCGCCGUGUUACGACUGCGCAGUUAAGUUGGAGGAAUUCCGCAAGGAACACAAAGCCAAGAUGAAUUUGUUAAUACGAUUUUCACAUCCGUAUUAUAUUUACGAAAAUGAAAAUAAAAAAGGCUUACAGAAAUUAUACAAAGCAGGGGUAACCCUAGAAGCUAUGUCUAAGAAGUCAUGGCUUGAUAUUCUCGUUUGGCUGUUCCGAGAUAAAUUCAACCCUGAAAGGGUAAGACAAAGGGACAAAGAAACAAGUGAGAAGUUGAAAGAGGUGCUGAAGAAAGAAAAAGAGAAGGACGUAAAAAAAAAGAAAAAAGAAAAAGAAGGCGGGAAAGAAGAAGGAGUGCAAGGUAGAUUCGAAAAAAUGUCUAUGAAACGAAAACCGUAAGUGUUUUACAAGUCAGUUUUACGGCUGUGAAAAGUCGACGGUUUAUCCUAACGUUAGGGCUUACUUCCAUCAGUCUUUCUGGUCGCUCAGGGCAUGGUGUAACGACGCUGUGAUGUCAUAGGCCCUUCGGGCAUGCGCAGUGGAAUGAAAGGGUUUCCCGGAUGUCGUUAUUAAGCCUAGUAAUGGCGGGCUUUUAUGAGACUUAUUAAAAACCGUUGUGUUGCCAUCGUUCUUGCACUCGUUUGGACUACGCUACACA